UUCUCUUAAUCCUUAAAUCUUCUGUAAUCAGGAUGAGAGGGAGAGAGCAUGUUGCCUGACUUAGGACGGCAGAGUCUAUGUUGGGACCUGGACGGAUUGGCAAUGUAACUGGCCAGUAGGAAAGAUGGAGGGAGGAGGAAGGCAUUCAGCUAGAGUCAGUUUGGGAAACUUAAACCAGUUUCUAUCAAGAGCCAACAGGAAGAGUGGAAGUCCAAAAUAUGAGGAUGGUUUAACCACCGAGAGCAAAUUCAAAAAGAGAGAAAAAAGAGAAGAGGACUAAACUAUGGCUGGAUUGUUUUAGGAUGUGGAUGGUGUGGAGCAGACCUGACACUAAGGUGUGAUCCCAGGCAGAAGGGGGUCCAAUGGCCACUGCAAAUUAUGACCCCCACCUGGGCGCAGGCCCAUCCGAGGAUUCGGAGAUCCUACUGGAUGAUUAUGACUCAGGGAGCGUUCUUUCUGAUGACUCGGUGCUUCCUGAAUAUGAAAGGGAUGAAAAGGAUAAAGAGCCGGCUAAAACGCUGUAUGAGGCCUGCGCUAAGAAUGACCCCACAUCCUUGCGUAGGAUCCUGGAGAGAGGAGUCACUAAAGAAGAGGCCAUGGAGCUGGACAUCAAUGGCAGGAAUGGACUGAUGGUAGCGGUGGGCAAGGGAUUCAUAGACAUUGUCACCAUGCUGCACAUGUGUCCAUUAAUAGACAUCAACCACCAAGACAAUGAUGGCAAUACUGCCCUCAUGUUUGCUGCCCAGGCAGGCUUCGUCACCAUUCUAAACUAUAUCAUUAACUACUACUCUGGUGUGGACACUGAGGUCAGGGAUCCCCGUGGCUUUACAGCCCUCAUCAAGGCAGGCCUGCAGGGCAGAGAAGAGUGCGUGUCCGCCUUGAUAAUGCAUGGUGCAGAUAUGUAUGCAGUGGACCUGGUCCAAGGGAGAAGUCUAAAGGACUGGAUCCUUAGGACCGGAGGCUUUGAGACUAUUAAAAGAAUACGCCGCCUUCAGGCUCAUCCUGUAGCUGAGCAGUUCUGUGAUAGCUACAUUCCAGAGUGGCCUGAGCUGAAGCAACUGGUAGCAAAGGCCACUGCCAACAAAACAGCCAGUCAGAAGCUGAGGCAACGCUUAAAAGACAGCCUUUCUUUCAGCUUCCCUCAGGACCCCCAAGACAAUGGGGUCAUGGACCAUAUGGUGCGGAUGACAACAGGCAUCCACAGCCCCAUGGUAGCCACUGGUUGUCGUCCACUCUGUCCCAGCAGCCCCCCAGAGAUUGGCAAGAGACGGUUUGCCGUACCUGAACUGCUUGAAAAGCACAGCAGCAAAGAGUUGGAGGAGAGCACAGUGUCCCAUACUAAAGGCUCCAUCACCUCAGUUUCUCCCACUCCUGUGUCCGCCGCCUCUGUAUCUCUGACCUCCUGCUGCCAGAACUCAGAGCGCAGGGAAAGCGUGACACCAGGCGGCAUGAAGAGCUACAUUCCCCGCAGCAUGGCACAUAGGAACAGCAUCUUCCCCUCAGGCUGUAUUCCUAAGAUUGAAGUGACUAAAUCUGGGGAGCCCACUCCAAAGAAAGAGAAAAAGAAGAAAAUGCGGAAGGGCUACCUGGAGCCUCCUGUCUGGAAGUACAAGGAGGCCAAGGAGGAGAAAAAGAGAGAGAAGAAGCAACAAGAAAAAGAAAAAGAGCAACAGAAAAAAAGUAAAGGGUCCAAACGUUCAUCAAGCCAUAAAUGAGGCUUCGUUCUCUUUUCCUCAGAGAAUUUCUCUGUGAUAACUUCAUGCAUGAGGGUUGAACAUUACAGUUACUCUGAGGCCAGAAUUAACAGAAGAAAAGGGAAUAGCAAAACCAGUUGGGAAGUCAGCAAUAGACAAUUAAAACGCAUUGACGUUUGAACUUCGGCUUGGGAAAACUGGAGUGACUUGAAUUUUAUGUAUAUUCCAGCAUCUUUGGAAAGCUGGACAUGAUGUUUGGAGAUAUACAGUGACAUGUUUUAGUGUGGAUGUUUCUUAAUGCAACUCCUACCUUGUGGAUUUGAAGAUUAAGUCUCACAGGGAUGCAAAGUUAUACUGACUGAAUUAUUUCAUUUUAAAGGCACAGUUUUUGAAUUGAUUUUUAAGUAGCCUCCCAUCAUGGUAUUCAGCUGCAAGACAACCAAAGUAAUAGCAAAGUUGCAUCAGCACCCAAUUACUAUAAAAUCCUCCUUUGUCCACUCUGCAAUGGAAGUAAUGGCACCCCACUGAAUGCACCGAUUGUUACAGAAAUUGGCUCACCAAUGGAGGCACAAGAGGGACUGUAUCAAUGCUAACGAUCCCUCUUGCACCACCAUGAUAUUAAGGUUAAUUCACCUCGAUACAUGUGAUUUGCUGCGCAGAUAAUCAUAAAUCAUAAAUUGAUACAAAGGUCACUAAUGACGGUAUUAAUGAUGUCGUCACUCCAGUGUCAAGAUCUCUUUUUCACCUAUAAACAAACCCUUUUGACCUCAGAACAUAAGCUGGUCCAUUUCUGAUAACUAUAAAGUUGAUCUAACCUUCCUGACAAAUGCAGCAUCGGUGGGAUACUUUUAUCCAGCAGGGUUUUGUUCACUUCAGACAGUUUGACCAUGAUGCACAGAGAAAGUUGUUUGCAAAGAUUCAGAAACAGGAAGUCAUAUAGCUGUGUAAUGCACUGUCCAAUUAUGAUUAAAACUGCCCAGUUGUAGUAGAUUUGUACGCAAAGCAAAGUUUAAAUUACUUUUGAGCUUACAACCCUUGACUGAGCUUCAAAACAGCAAUUUCUUCCCAUUUUACAGCAUUUUACAAAUGAAAUCAGUCACCAUUUUGAGUUUUAUAAAAACACCCUUAUUUUUAUUCUUCUAUAAAGGUUAUCAAAUCUUCACUGUAUGCAACAUGUAGCAUCUACUGGAGGCCUUCAUUAAGUCUUUUUGACUGAAUUGUAAUACUCCAAACUGUUUUGCUGUGGCAUGUGCAAGAUGUAAAAAUAACUACAGAAAAAAGGAACCAUGACAUAUCUGCAACAUUUAGAUUUGAGAAAAACUGUUCACAAGUAUACAACUCCUCGGUGCUUAAUGUACUGUGUUUGAUGGGCUUUUACUUGGACACCAGAAUUGCUGUCUGUAAAAAAAUUUAAGAGACAAAUAGCAGACCUCACAUGUUAUCUAUGCACAGCAAAUCAAUUAUUUGUACAUAAUGUUACUCAGGAAAUCGUUUGUUAAUAAUAUGUUGGGCAUUAUACAUUAAGCAUCUGUCAAGGCAAGAAGUCUCUUUUUGGGUCCAGCUUGCAUUGGAAUUAAAAUAUUCUGUGUAUAGAUCAACUUGGUAAUUGCUGAAAUCAUAACCAAUAACUCAUACAGCUGUAACAGCAAUACAUGUUCUAAUUAAAACAAAAUAUAUUUAAAUGUGUUAUCUAAAAAAAUUAUGUAUUUAGAUGCUGUUCUUACAAAAAAAAUAUUAGAGGAUCAUUUCUGGGGUUGUUUAUCUGGAUCAAGAGACUCAGAAAACUCAGGUCUUCUGUGAGACAAAUAAAAAUGUGUGUUUGAAUGAGA